AAAUAGCAAAACUCUGUCCCUCGCUCCUUGGCAGGGCCCUAUGAUUUAUGCAAGAGCAGAGGCAGCACGCAAUCGAGCUGUCAAGAAAGCGUCAGCUUAUUAGGCAAAUGCUGCGUGCUUUCUGAAGAGGGUCGACACUAUAAAAUCCCACACUAGCCUCUGGUGUGGAGAAACUCGGAGCCCAAUUACGUUAAGAGACUGAAGAAAAAGAAGAGACAAAGACAAAGAGUGGGAACAGAAACAAAAGGGGAGAAAACCUCCUUUAGAGAAAGUCCCGGAGCCGUCCCUCUGCAGAGAGGCGACUGCACCCAGCUCACCUGCGAAGCGCCUGGGAAGUGAGCGCCCCUAACAUGCGCUUGCCGCUGCUGGUGUCCGCGGGCGUCCUGCUGGUCGCGCUCCUGCCCGGCCCCCCAUGCAGGGCCCUCCUCAGCCGCGGCCCGGUCCCGGGCGCCCCACAAGUCCCUCGGUCCCCCCAGCCCCUGGAUUUCUUCCAGCCGCCGCCUCAGCCCGAGCAGCUCCGGCCACCGCAGUCUCGUCCGGUCCUGCUCCGCGUGGGAGAAGAGUACUUCCUCCGCCUGGGGAGCCUCAGCAGGAGCCCCGCCGCUCGCUUCGCACCCGGCGCUUCGCCCCUGGCCGGGGGCAGCCGCCGCUCGCCGGACCUGGCAGCAGUCAACUUUUUCCGCGCGUUGCAGCAGCCACAGACGCCUCUGCGCUCGCUCGACAGCCCCGCGGACCCCGCGCAGCGCCGCGGCGGGAGCGCUCUCGGCGGCCACCAGGAGGCACUGGAGAGGGAGCGACGGUCCGAGGAGCCUCCCAUCUCCCUGGAUCUCACCUUCCACCUUCUCCGGGAAGUCUUGGAGAUGGCCAGGGCCGAGCAGUUAGCGCAGCAAGCCCACAACAACAGGAAACUGAUGGAGAUUAUUGGGAAGUGAAGUGGUGCGUUUGGCUGAAAUGAUCCCACAUUUAGCACACACACAAAAACAUAAAAAAAUUUAAAAAUACAGCAUUCUGUACCAUAGUGCUGCUCUGAUAUCAUCUGUUUAUUUUUAUAUAGCUUGAAACAUCGAGAAUGUACAGGGAGAGAUUCUAUACCCUUUCAUUAGCAUGCGAAGUGUAUACAUGUGCAGUGACAACGCAGUGUCCUCUGUAUUGUUCGUUUUUUAGUUUCCAAGUCCAGGUGUCUUUACAGUCGUCUUUUAAUAAAACAGCAGGCCCAGGAGGAAACAUUUUGAGGCAGAUGGGAAGUUGCCUGGUUGUUUUUCUGGUAGUCAGAGCCAAAGAGAUUGCCAUUCUCUUGAACAGUGGGUGAGACAAGAUGUAUAAACUCUUUGAAUCAACUUUUUUUCUUGUAAACGUUUCCGUAAUAAAACAUCUUUCCAGUCCUUGGUCAAUUUGGUUGUGUAAGAGAAUGUUGAAUAUUUAUUUAUAUUUUUAAUAAAAGCUGCAAAUGUUAUUGUA